CGUUCGGGGGAAUCACUACAGAAGAAGAAGAAUCCACUUCCGCCGAUGGAUGCACAGCCACACGGUGCAGGUGUGUGAACUACACAGCUAGCCGUGCUGUAAAUCAUCAUUCACAUUAGUAAAAACAGUACAAGAUGCUUCUCUGUUACGUGGUGACGGGAUAGACUAUCGCACACAUCGUUCCCACCAAUUUUCAGUCAGGUUUUUCGCCGACAAGGAAAAUAAUAUUAGAAACAACCGUGGCCCUGUUAAGCUAACGAGCACUAGCUAGAGAAAGCUAGCGCUACCGAACAGCCACGCCAAGAUGGACGGAGCUGCUGGCGCGGCGAUCACAGAGGACGGAGCUGGAAACAAACCGCACAGUGGACAUGGAGCAUCGGGAAACAGCGUCGGUCAAUCGGCUGAGGACACAGCAAACUACAGGGUUGGGGUUUUCUGCUGUCAGGAUUGUGGAGAAGCAUUCAGAGAGGAGGCAGCCUACUUGGAGCAUCGCAAUCAGCACCUACAAGAAAGCAUUUAUUUAGAUGACCAGUUGGAUGGCUUACACGAUGCAGAAAAGGACAAUGAGACAGCUAAUUUUUGUACUUCAUGUUCACUCUCAUUUGUUGAACAGAGCGAAUUCCACUUACACAUGCAGAAGAACCAUGGUCAAACCUCCCAAAAGGAGACUGGUAUUCAGAUGAAUUCUGGGAUAACAAAGCAGCACACGUAUGAAUGUCUAGACUGUGGGAAAUGUUACGGUGUGAUUGGACACUUUCUCAACCAUCAGCGCUCACACAGACAAGCCUCCAAAUCAGUUUUUCAUGACCUCGAACAUUUGAAGAAGAAGUCCUUUCAGUGUGAGUCGUGCGGGCGGAAUUAUUCUCGUGCCUCAGCUCUUGAUGCACACCGUCGUUGUCAUGAAGAAAAGUUAGUAAAGUCACGCAACAGGAGUUCAGGAGAUUCAUUUCACAAUGAGGAGUCAAUAGUUGAAGCCAAGCACCGUGAAAAUCAGGCAGCUGUUACUUCUGAUAAACUUUUCAAGUGUUCUUGUGGUAAAGCCUUUUCUGCACUAUUGCGCCUGAAAACACAUCAGCGAUUUAGCCGAAACAGCCAGUGCUCUCCAGAAGAAAUGAAAGAAAAACCAAAGAAAAACUGCAGUGAGUUUUACUGUAGUGAGUGUAAAAAGGCUUUCAGUGGCCAUAUUGCCCUCUUCAACCAUCAGCGAUGGCAUGCUAAUCACUCAGAUGAAUCUGCGAAAAGGUUCCCAUGUGAGGAAUGUGGAAAAGUAUUUAUGACACUAACGUUUUACUACAGGCAUCAGCGCACGGCCCACAGUGACGAGACUCCAGCAAAGUCGUUUCUCCACCAAGUGUGUCAGAUACAGAAGAAGGCAUUUGAAUGUAAGGAUUGUGGGCUCAAGUUUUCAAGGGCUUCAGCACUUCACUCCCAUCAGCUUCAUCACACAGAUGUUUUCAGAGAAACGGAGGAGGCCCAGAUGCACACCUCUCUGCUACCUCAACAAAAAAGUUUGGAAAGUGAAAGAAUAGAGACUGAGCGCUUGGAGGAAAAAGUGGAAUCGGAGAGGGUGCUUCCUACCAGUAUUACUGAACAAGACUCUCAAGUAAAUGAGACUGAUGAAGACGUGGAGAGUUAUGAACCUGGGGACUUUAAUGUUCAGGUGAUUAGUGCAAGUGAAUCUGAGGACGAGCCCGUCCAAGACCUGAAUCCUGACCUUGAGCUGCUGUGUGAAUCAGAUCAGGAAGUAAGAGACGAUGGUGAAACUGAAGUUUCCCCCAGUAGUCUUGUUUCCAAGCCAGAGGUUGACUUGAAAAUUGUACAAAUUGACUUUGAGCAGUCUGAUGAGCAGUGUGCACUGAUAGCAAGGGAAGCCGAGAAUAAAACCACAGGGGAAAGAUUUGAUUGUCCAGAGUGUUACCGUUGGUUUUCUAGUGCUUCAUCACUGCGUGUUCACAGAAUGUGGCAUGGCAUUCAUAAGAGGAGACAACAGACUCAAGGUCAGUCCGUGGCAGUUUACACAUGUGAAACAUGUGGCCAUGAAACCAGUAGCUAUGCAGCACACUGCAGUCACUUACAAAAACACAAGGCUCAAAAUGCAAGCAACAAUGCAUUGCACCAGGCAGAGGGAUUAGAGAAGAAAAACUUGACUUGCAGCGAGUGCGGUAAAUGCUUCUCACGUUUGUCUGCUUUAGUCUCUCAUCAGUUACAUCAUCCCAAAAGAAAACAAUUCCAAUGCCCAGAUUGCAUGACUUCUUAUUUGCAUGCAGCUAGCUUGUUUAACCAUAUGAAAAACUGUUCCGCAGAAAAGAGAGAGGACAUUUCAGUCUCCAAGAAAGAAUACAAUCCAAAGAAAACACUUUUAGGCCCAAAGAUUUAUCACUGCGAGCAGUGUGGGAAGGGAUUUUGGUCUUUAGGCGCUUAUUCACACCACAAGCAAAAUCAGACAGAGUGUGCAGAUUUGAGGCUAAGAAAAGGUGUUGCGGGAUCUUUGCACUCUGUUAAUGGACACCCACGCUCCACUUUCAAGGUUGCAUGUCCAGUGUGUGGUAGAAAGUUUCGUCACAAAGGCAUUAUGGCAUUGCACAUGCGAAAACAUGAAAAUGGAAAUCAUAAAUGUGAACUCUGCAACAGGUCGUUCCGCCUUUUUUCCAGCCUCCUCAGGCACCAGGUUGUACAUAAUGACCAGUUACUCCCACCACCCAUUAAGUCUUUUCAGCAUCAGGUGGAGCAGUUGAAAAAAAACACAUACAGCUGUCCUGACUGUGGGAAGCUGUUUUCACGGGCCAAAGCACUUCAGUUUCAUAUGAAAAGCCACGGGUACGAGACUGGGCAUUCACCGUCAUCACCCAGAUCUACUGUCACGCUGGAAGAUCGCCAGUGUGCAACCUGCUUCGCACAUUUCAACAACAAGGCCUCGUUGCGGGCUCAUCAGAAACUUUGCAUUAAAAGAGACAGUGAAGCAGUUGAUUGUAAGAAAGAACCCUCAGAAAAUAAUGAUAGUCCAAAAUUGCACAAGAAUAGCAUGGAUGUCAGUACACAGGAGAGCUCUGAGCACUUAACACUUAAUACUGAAGUGAGGGAUGAAAUUGACAGCGGGGAGCUAAAGACAGAAGACAAAACUGGUACAACAGAUUUGAAAUAUAAAUGCAAAAAGUGUGACAGAAGCUUUUCAGUGGUUGGAGCUUUGAAUUUUCAUAAAAGAAUUCAUGCUGAGGGUUACAGACCUGACACAAAAGAAACAUUUGCCCUGUCAGUAAUGCUCAAGAAACCCAAACAGGAAGAGCCAAGUAAAGGACUGUUUCUUUGCUCAGAAUGUGGAAGGCGAUUCAUGUCCAACUCAGCCCUUGGUUCCCACAAGCGAUGGCACAAAGAAAAGAAAUUUUCACGGGCCUCGCUAAAAGACGACGAUUUGAAAUCUGCCGGCCAAAAGACAGAGGACGCACCUUUCCAGUGCAACACAUGCGGCAAACAGUUUUUCAACCAUUGUGUUCUCCAGCGCCACCUGAUGUUUAAUCCUCAGUGUCAAACCAAAACUGAGACAGAGCGUGAUUCACGCAAAAGUGUGGAGAGCAACACCACACUGGAAAAUUCAGAGUUUUCAUGUCCUCAAUGUAGCGAGACAUUUAUACAAGGUUCAGAUCUAGCGGCCCACUAUGAAAAUGAGCACAGUCAAAUUUGGGAGGCUGCAGAUCAUCAAGGAGACGGGCUCGUCUCAGUAGACCGGGUCCAGGAACAGGUUGAUGUCUGUCUCAAUGGGAGUAAAUCCAUAUCAUCCACACUGAAGGGAAAAGCUCACCAGUGUCCUCUCUGCUCUAUGACCUUUGCCAAAGCAAGAGGUCUGCGUGCCCACAAAUGGCAGGCCCACGCGAAGAGCACAAAAAGCCAAAAUAAGGUUCCUUUGUGUACAAAAAAAGAGUCCAUUGUCAUGAGCAGUGAAGUCAGAAAUACCGAAGAUUCAUCAGCUGUUGAAAACACUACAGUGAUGAGCACUUAUCUUGUUGCAAAGAAAAACAGCACUGUUAUCAGAGGAAGGAAGAAAAUCAGAUCCGCCCCACCACCUGUGAAGUCUGUCUCAUGCCUUGACUGUGGGAAACAGUGCAGUUCUUCAGGCGCGCUCCUUGACCAUAAGAAAGUGUGCCUGGAGGUAAAGCAGGAGUCUAAGCAGGAGAUCCAGACUCCUGAAGCCACAGCGGAGGUUUCUCCACCACUCCUCCGUCUGUCAGAGCAUACAGCCAAAUGCCUCUUCAAGUGCGAUAAGUGUGGGAAAGCUUUCCAAACAGAGGAGCAAUUAAGCACUCAUAAGACCAAGGCAAAGAGCCGGCCUUAUUGUUGCGCUUUAUGCUGCCACGGCUUUUGGACUGAGAAUCAGCUGCAGCAACACCUCGCCUGGCACGAUGAAGUCCGUUGUCGUCUCCCGAAUGAGGUUCGCUAUAGGCUAAGUGCUGCUAUGACCUCAAAGCCUGUAAAACCCAACAUCCCUUCUGUUGAACACAGGGGGAAGUCCUUCCCGUCUUCUACACUGAACCGACCUACGCUUAACACAGACAGCCAGUCACAAAGUAGCCAUAAGUGCCAACAUUGUGGCAAAGCCUUUCUUUCACCAAUUGCAUUACAAAAACACAAAACUCAGCAGUGUAACAAUGACUCGUAUCAUUGCUCCAUUUGCCCCAGGACCUUCAGUGAAAUACAGGACCUAAUCGAUCAUCACCAGGAAUGUAUCGGUGACUACAAAAGGCAGAGUGAUGCCCCCGCUGCUGUCUCAUCAGGAGAUACCAAUGGCCUUACUUGCCUUGAAUGUGGAACUACUUUUUGUCAAGAAACUGAUUUGCACCAGCACUAUAUUGAACAUGCCCGUGGAGUGCAGUAGACUAAACAAACUGAAAAGAGCUGUAAUGAAGACACUGUAGAUUGUGGAUUUUUUUCUUUUUCUUUUAGAGAUUGCCAAAAGUGUCCGGCUAGAAAAUCCUUUGUUGGACCUUUGUUUAGGAUAAUUAGACACAUGCUUUCUAUAUUUGUUCCCAUAUUAUUUGAGAUUCUCUAUGUUUAAAAAAAAAAAAAAAAAGAAAAAAAAGCAUUUCCUUAGGUUAUUUUCCUGUUCUCAGGCUUUUCUUUACACUGGACUAGCAUAUGUACAAAUGUUAAAGAAUAAACCCAUUUAUGAACCUUGCAAGGAGAUGUCACAAAUGUAUAGUUUUUGAAUAGAUCUGUCAUGAAUGUCAGUUGAACCUUGUUAAUCUCUUUGGGGAUCACUUGCCGAUGCGUUGAAGUUCAUAAUUAGCUAGAUCCAAAAAAAAAAAAAAAAAAAAA